AUAUUCUAGAAUACAUUCGGAACAGCACAUCAGUUCUUCCAAAAUCGACAACAAUGAAGAUCUACCUCCUUUUCUUGGCGGCAUUUGUCGCAACUGUACUAGCUAGACCUAGCGGAAAGGAAAGCAACGCUGAAGCAAGUGCCGCAGCAAACUCAGCAGCAAGCUGUAGCGAAAACGCAUUAUCUGAUGCUAUACCUGAGGAUUUAGGACAAGGAAGACUGCUAAAUGAUGGAAGUGAAGCUGCUCUACAAGAUGGCGAUGCAAAUUCUCCCUUAUCACAAUGGGACAGGAGAGCAAGACUAUCUGAUGCAAAAGCUAGUGCCAUAGCUUCCGCUUCGUCAUUAUCAAGCAACUUGCAAAGGAAUAUAAAAUCAUCUGAUGCAAUAACUAAUGCUGCAGCUUCAGCCUCGUCACAAGCGAGCAGCUUGGGAAGGAGAGCAAGAAGAUCAUCAAAUGCAGAAGCUAAUGCUGCAGCUUCAGCCUCGUCACAAGCGGACAGCGGAAAAGAUAAAGACGCAAGUGCAUGUGAUCCAAUAACUGGUGCUGCAGCUUCAGCCUCAUCACAAACGAGCAGCUUGGGAAGGAGAGCAAGAAGAUCAUCAAAUGCAGAAGCUAAUGCUGCAGCUUCAGCCUCGUCACAAGCGGACAGCGGAAAAGAUAAAGACGCAAGUGCAUCUAAUGCAGAAGCUAGUGCUGCAGCUUCAGCCUCAUCACAAGCGGACAGCGGAAAAGGUAAAGACGCAAGUGCAUCUAAUGCAGAAGCUAGCGCUGCAGCUUCAGCUUCAUCACAAGCGGACAGCGGAAAAGGUAAAGACGCAAGUGCAUCUAAUGCAGAAGCUAGCGCUGCAGCUUCAGCCUCGUCACAAGCGGACAGCGGAAAAGGUAAAGAGGCAAGUGCAUCUAAUGCAGAAGCUAGUAGUAUAGCAUCAGCUUCGUCACAAACAGGCAGCGGAAAAGGUAAAUCCGCAAGUGAAUCUAAUGCAGAAGCUAGUGCUGCUGCUUUAGCCUCCUCACAAGCGGACAGCGGAAAAGAUAAAUCUACAAGUGCAUCUAAUGCAGAAGCUAACGCUGCAGCUUCAGCCUCGUCACAAGCGAAUAGAGGAAUAGGUAAAGACGCAAGUGAAUCUAAUGCAGAAGCUUGGGCUGCUACUUCCACAUCUUCACAAUCAGACAAUGGAAAGAGCAAAAACGCAAGUGGAUCUGAUGCAGAAGCUAGGGCUACAGCUUUAGCUUUGUCACGAUCGAACAGCGAAAGUGCCAAAGACGCAUGUGAAUCUGAUCCAGAACCUAGGGAUUCACUUUCAGCAUCUAUACAAGGGGAUAGAAGAAGAAGCAGUAGCGGAGUGGAAGCUCUUGCAGGAGCUUGGGCUUCAGCAGCAUCCUCAGCACUAAAUCGUCCGAAUGGCUUAUUUGGAAGUUUAAGUAAUACACUUAGUGGUGGCAUUGCCAGAGUAAACUAAAUUUUCCAUUAAGCGAUAUAAUAGAAAUUAAAA